AUGACUGUAGACUUGGCCUCGUUGGCAUGCUCAACCCCCCCCGACCCGAGUCGGAUUCGUUUCUCUCCUCUCCUACCGCUCGUUCUGCUGCACUUGCACAGCCCGCUCCGCUCCUUCCGCCCCACCUGGUCUGUUGGCGCUAGUGUACUCACUCAACCUCCUCGUGUAAUAAAUCUCCCUCCCUCCCAAUUCCCCCCAUCGGGGCAUUUCUUCCUUGCACGCCUGGCCCCACCCAGCACAGCACCUCGACUUUCGCACCGCGAUCUCUUGGAACGGCCCCGCCCCGCAUGCACUCAAGCCGCCCGUCCGUCCCUCCGUCGCCCCCAACAACUCGUAUCUGUCCCGCUGGCGCCCUUCGCAACCUCCCCGUUCUCGCCCCACCCCCCCCGCGCGAUCACGGCGCGUCUCCGCGCAACCCCCGCGCAAUCGUGGUCCGCCGCUACCCCUGGUGGCGGAACCACCAGCGCCUCCCCAGCCACUACGUAUAGUGCUGUUAGUAGUGAUAAUAGCCCCCCUCCGAUUAACACUACCGGGUUCUCCGCCGGCUUCUACGGUCAGGCCGCAGCCUCGCGGGUCUCCCGUCGGCAGCGCCUGCCGGCGGACCCGGCGGCGGCGGCGGCUGCGGCAGUGGCGGCGGCGGCGGGGGUAGUGAUGAUGCCGGCGCAGAAGGUGCAGCGGCUGUUCGACGCGUGCAAGGCGGCGUUUGCUGGCGGGCAGGUGCCGUCGCGACAGGCGCUGAUGAGAGUGCGCAGUGCGCUUGCCGACGUGGCACUCGACGUCGCCACGUCAUCCGAUGCCUCCGCUCUCCACCGGCCAACCCCGCACCGUCUCUCUCCUUCCCACGCACCGCCUCGCGCCGCCGGUGCCUACGGUCCCUAUGGCGCAACGGCCGCCGAACCGCGCUGCGCAUCCAGCGGCGAGUUCAGCGGCGGGUCCAGCGGAACGACGUCGAUAACCACGUCGAUUAAUCGGUUCAUGCGCGACGCGACUCCGGACCUGCCUGGGCUUCACCACUGCGACCAGUCGAGCGCGGACUCGAAGAGCGCGGGCGCGCGCGGAAAUGUGGCUUUUGGCGCGGACUCCAGCGGGGGCGGCGCCGCCGCCGCCGCAUGCGCGGGGAGCGAGAGGGAGGCGGCUCUGACGUCGCUUUCCAUGUCAGGGGGAUCUGCUGUCGCAGCAGCAGCAGCGGCGGCGGCAGCGGCGGCUGCGGCGGCGGCGCCGGCUCCCGGUGCUGCUGUUCCUGCUCCUGCGCAACGACGAAUCGCACCCCCGAUUACAUACCUUCACCUUUACGAGUGCCCGGACUUCUCGAUAGGCAUCUUUUGCAUCCCCGCGCUGGCGUGCAUCCCGCUGCACAACCACCCGGGCAUGACGGUGCUGUCCAAGCUGCUCUACGGCCGCAUGCACAUGCGCUCCUUCGACUGGGCCUUCCCCUCCGCGCCUGCCGCUGCUGCUGCUGCUGCCACACAACCGCGCCUGGCGGAGUUAGUGGAAGACCAGGUGAUAGCAGCUCCAUGCCCAGUGGAAAUGCUCUUCCCCACCAGCGGUGGCAACAUGCACGCUUUCACCGCACUCGCCCCCUGCGCCCUCCUAGACGUCCUCUCUCCGCCCUACAGCGUAGAGGCCGGCCGCCACUGCACAUACUUCCGCGAGCUGCCGACCGAGCAGUUCCCGUCGCUGCCGCCCGGGGAGGGGCUGAAGGAGGGGCGGGAGUAUGGGUGGUUGCAAGAGUGCCAGCCUGGCAACAGCUUUUCCGUGCGCAGGGGUCACUACCGCGGUCCCAGGGUGCGUGUGUGGGUGGAGUAUGGGGAAGGGAGGGGCUGGGAAAGUGGGGGGAAAUGGGGAGGGAGGGUAGUUGAUGGGAGUGGAUGA